ACGCCAAGGCAACCGUGAUUCCCUGAACUGUCCCUCUACCUCUCUAAGCUUGCCAAGAACUGCCACACAGCCUCGCACCUCUGACGAUCUGAGCUUACUGAAGCCAUGAGGCCGGCACCAAGUGUUUCCAGGCCCACGUCAACGUCGACGAUUUCGCCGGCAGCGCCACCACCGGCAGCCGCGAAGCUGGCGUCCUCGCCGUGGCACUCAACGGUGCCCUACCUGUUCGGAGGGCUAGCCGCCAUGCUGGGCCUCAUCACGCUGGCGCUCCUCAUCCUUGCCUGCUCGUACCGGAAGCUCAACAACUACCUCAGCACCGGCGACGCUUCCUCUUCCCCCUCCAGACCCGAAGCCACGGAUGGCAACGGCUUCAAGUCGCCGGCGGCCACUGCCCCGGCCUCUCCAGCGACCUUCGCCGACCUCGUUGCCGUCGUCAUGGCCGGGGAAAAAAUCCCCACAUUCUUGGCCGCGCCGAUCGUCCGACGAACGCACGGUAACGACAGCGCUGCCACAGCCACCGGAGAAGGGUCUCCGGAGACGGAGGAGGAGCUGGAGAGCCGCGGCAAGGCAGGGGAGCGGGAGUGCCGUGUGAUCGCCGACGCCGAACGGGAACGCCAUCUGAGUCACGUGUGAAGUGAACCACUAAUGGACGAAAGAGAAAGCUUCAGGGCGGUUUCUGCUCGAACUCUUCAUCCAAAUUUUGUUUGGUUAUUAAUAAUUUGUAGCUCGUGUCAGGAUAAAAAAUUGCGAUUCGUGACCGAAAAAUCUUUUAGCUCAGUGCUAGACUGUUGUUAUACUUCAGUUAUUUAUGUUCCUGGAGCUGUUUGUGGCAAUAAUAGCACAACUUCAUCUGCGUUU